AUGCCCUUGAAUUCAUUUGAAUUCGAUGCUCCAAAGUGGCAUGACUUUUCAAGGCCCUCAUUCAUUCAAAAGCAAAAAAUGUUGUUACAACUGCUAGAUGCAUCAUGCUCCAUAGUCUCGUCUGAUUCGUAUGCCUUUGAGGCCGAUUUUGCAGAAAUGUAUUCGGAAAGUAGCUCGUGGUUUGAGGUACCACACCCUGAGCAUGAGGAACUCGUAUCUGGAAUGGCUGAUUGCAAUUUAGACUCCAAAAAUUUGGUCCGCAUAAAAUUGGGGCCACCAUUGCGGAAGCUCCCUGUGGAUCGUAUCAGCAAUGAGCUCUCUUUUACUGAAGAUGUAUCCUUUGGAAGUGAGUCGCCUGUAUCGAUGCAUAAGACGACGUCUCUCAAUGAAAUUAUGUCUUCUCCAGCAUUCACGCCCAUAAGGCCAAAGAGGCUUCGAACAACGCAGGGGAUUUCUAUGUCAUCUCCAAUUUCGUCAGGCUCCUCGUCAGCCUCGAAAACAUUGUUUUAUUCUCCGAAAAACAUGCUUAAUUGGAUGUGCAAUAGAGAGCAUGAAUAUUCGUCUUCUUCGCGGUCACCAAGCACCUCGUCUUCCUUUCUAUCAGACUCUUUCUUUUCAGCAUCUCCGCAGCCUAAACUAAGCCCAAAGAGGACUCUUCGAGACGAAUAUUACGAUAAUGAGGGCGAUACCAGCGCUGAGCAUAUUUAUACAAAUGGUGAAACCCCCAUCACUCUAAACGACGAAAACGAAAUCGACAUGGCCCCUGUUUCUAAGCUCCUGCAGGCUUUUCUGGACAAAAGGCACCAGCAGCACCAGCAUACAACAACAUUCCCAUGUUCGGGUUCCGAAAAAUUGCCUACAAGCCCAUCGCCGUCGCCAAAUUUCAAAACAUUACAAACAAAUCCAUGCUCACCGCCAGAUAAAUUAGAGAACAUUUUCACACAUCCAGUUGAACAAGGCAAGGCAAAUAACAAGCAGGAAAAUGCACCUAUUCCUCAUGUCGAGCCUGUCCCUCCAAAACAAACACUCUGUUUUGCGUCUAUUCAGCAGCAACUUUUGAACAAAAAAAAUGAGGAUCCUUGCCAUUCAAACAGGCAAAAAAUAAACCCUCGGUGGAACCACGUCGGAGUGGCCUCAAUAGCCCAGCAAAAAGCACAUCCAGAAAAGACGCCAGACCAAAUGGAAGAACUACUGUCAAUAUUAGCAGAGCAUAACGCCAAAGUUCGCAACCCAUGUGCUGCCAUCAACAUUCGGAAUUUUUCUAGAUAA